AUGUUGACAGACAAGCAGACCAAGCAUAGAAAUAAAGAGAUUACUGGGCCAUCCAAUCCAGCUGGUCUCCCACAACUCCUAGAUGAAGUUCUUGAUAGCAGGGACUUUAUUUACGGCCUUGCUGCGUUGUAUCACGGAGUGAUGAGUCCAUUAUCUAGGUAUAGCAGGGAAGUGAAGAAAAAAGGCGAAGGGAACGUAGCCAAGCCGUCCCAGCUCAAAGCAUACGAAUACUUCUAUGCAAAGACAGGGCUUGGUCCUUUAAACCAGAUCUAUCCCGAUUUGGUGAUCGGCAAGUCGUCUCGGAUGGUCAUGGUCCCUGUUCAAGCAGCGCUAAGGUCUCACUAUCGGAAUGCGCAGUUUGACAUAGAUAUUCCAGGCGAUGGAAGAAAUUCCAUCCAAUUCUUUUUUGAGCAAAAUGCAACUGCCAAAAAAUAUCUGUAUUUCCCUACGUCUGCUUUCUUGCCUCGGUCUCUCUGCUUAACGGAAGUCUGUCUCCUGGAUAUAUUAUGGUCUAAUCCAACAGUUCGAGAGGAAAUAGUCCAAUUGUUGGAACUAAACAUGAGUACCAAGGGGGCUGCAGAGGACAAGAUCCUUAACUACAAGGGGAUAUUGUUGCAGGAGCUGUUUUCCUUGAAAGGAUACAAGGACGUUGGACUGCAAUCUGAUGAUGGCCCUAGAAGGAAACUACGGACAUCGUUCUUUACAAACGGCCUUGCCCUAACACUUCUUGCCUUUGACACAUCGAAGCAAAAAAGAGGCGAAAGGUACUCGAUGACAAUUGCAAAGUUGGAUCCAAGGGAACCUAACGAACGUGAGAUCCUCCGGAUUUCUAGAGCGUACCUUUACAAACCAUCCAAGAAGUUUCAGGGCGAGCUAGAGAGGCGAAAGCUUAGAAGAGGAAUUACAGAGAUUGAAAGCAAUAUUCCGUCAUUCUCAAGGCCUACUUUAACACAGUAUUUCGCUUAUAUCAGCUUGUCGCUAAAUCAAGCUCCAUCAAGUACUGGAGGUAGUUUCUCUGGUAGUGGGGUUGGGACCAGUAGUAGCAGUGGAGCAGGGACCGGUAGUAGCAGUGGAGUUGAGGCCAGUAGUAGCAGUGGAUCUGGGACCAGUGACGACAAUAGGGAGACUAUAUAUAGGGCGCUUGUCGAUUUCUAUAAUGACGGGUGGUUUGUUCGGAAUAGCUGGGAUAUUAGAAAAGCACAGAACGGAUGGGUUGAUUAUGUGAUCAAGGCAAUUCUGAAGCUUGCGGGCGGAAGCAAUGGAAGAAGAAGAGAUGCCAAUACGAAUGCGGUGAUCUGUAUUGGACUAGGAUCAUUCAAGACAAACCGAGGACAAGUAUCGAAGCAUGGGAUAUUGAUGAAGAAGCUUGUUGAAAAGUGUCCACGGCCUCACUGUGACAGUAUAUUGGAGAAUGUUCCUUUUCGAUCCAAGUACUGUCGAAAUUGUAAAGCAUACUUUGAUCGAGAUGCUGUUGGUGCUGAGAACAUCGCAAGGGUCUGUGAGUCGCAGAUAAGAGAGCAAAAACGACCUGCAAAAUAUAUGCCGCCGGACGGAGGAACUCAAGGCCAAGCUUCUAGCGGUAGUGGCGGCGGUGGAGGUAGUGGUGGCAGUGGUGGUGGUAGUAGCAGAUCCACAAAAAGGAAAUUUUCAGAUGAAGGAGGAGGAGGAGUAGAGGGAUCAAGACCACCGAAAGGACCUUUGCUGGGUCCAGGAGGGCUUGAUAUGGCAAUUUCAAUCAGAAAUGUGCUGCCAUCAUUUUCUAGGUGGAAGAAUUUGGAGAGAGAAUGA